UAAACAAAAAAUUGCAGUGAGUCACACAACCUAAUUGACAACAAAAAGUUGGUGAGGAUUGGUAUAUAAAGGUGGGUAAGGGCAGGCGACUUCAGAAUUUUAGUAAGCAAUUCAACAACAAAUAUUGAACUCUCUACACACAAACUAAACUCUUUCUUAGGAGACCACAAAAACCAAACCCACCCGGCCGGAGUCUAAGCUAUCAUGGGAAGACAACCUUGUUGUGACAAACUCGGAGUUAAGAAAGGCCCAUGGACUGCCGAGGAAGACAAGAAGCUCAUCAGCUUCAUCAUCACCAAUGGCCAAUGUUGCUGGCGGGCCGUCCCCAAGCUCGCCGGCCUCCGCCGUUGCGGCAAGAGCUGCCGCCUCCGGUGGACCAAUUACCUCCGCCCUGACUUGAAGAGAGGACUCCUAAGUGAUGCUGAGGAGCAGUUGGUCAUUGACCUCCAUGCUCAUCUUGGUAACAGAUGGUCCAAGAUUGCUUCAAGAUUGCCAGGAAGGACUGAUAAUGAGAUCAAGAAUCAUUGGAACACUCAUAUUAAGAAGAAGCUUUUGAAAAUGGGGAUUGAUCCAGUUACACAUGAACCUCUCAACAAGGAAGAAAUAACAAAGCCAACAAGUGAUGACCAAUCCUCAACAACAACAACAUCUCAUGCGGCGACCACUUUGCCAGAAUUAGACCAAAAUAAUGGUCAGCAGCAGGUACAAGUUGUACCUCAGAGUACAACAACGCAAGUACCUACAGAAGCCACCUCAGAGGAGCAAAGCUCUUCGUGCUCACCGACUGAAAACUCCUCCUCUUCCACCGCCACCACCGAUGAAUCCCAGGCGGUGGUCGUCCUAGACGCCAUGUGCGGCGGCGACGACGACCCACUGCUCAGCUCCCUGCUGGAAAACCAUGCUCCCAUGCCUGAUGCGGCGCAGUGGGACCUACCACUUCCAUCCGACCACCAGCCGCCGUUAAUCUUCGACGACAACGAUGAUCUCGAGAUCCCAACGUUGUUGGACGACAACUUCGGGUGGCUAUUCAACUGCCAGCAGGACUUUGGGAUCCAGGAUUUCGGAUUCGACUGCCUCAACGACCCAGAAAUGCACAUUUUCGACACGGUAGACUCUGGGAAUAACCACAAUAAUUAAUUUUAAUUAUGGUUCAAUUCAAGAAAGUAGGUAGCUAGGUGGUAGAGGGAAAGUGAUCGAUGACGCACGACGAGGAUUUUAAUUGCGCUACUACAUAUACUUAGUGGUCAUGUUAUACAAAGGUAUCAUGAUACCUGGGUGAUUAUAUUGAUGAAGUUAAGGUAGAUUUUGAGAUGUAGUGUGGCCGGGUAGAAUAUUCGCCAAGCGUCCAUUCCAGGCCAGGCCAGGCCAAGUGAAAAAACAUUGCCCACUUUUGUGGUUUUGGACCAACCAACCAACCAAAUUAGAGAGCUGAGCCAUACCGAAAUCAAGAAAAAAAAUUAUGUAGGUUGUACUACUCCUAUAUGCCAAGGAUGGGGACAAGCACUUUGAGGCAAAGUAAUAGGAGUGGCCAUGUGUAUAGAUGUGAAAAGAAAGAAACUUUUUUCUAUGUUAUAUGUGAAAUAUAUAUGAUGUGAUGUACUCUCUUUGUUGAUAUCAAUAAAUAAACAUAUUUCUUUUC